AGAGCGGGCGGAGGGGCUGUGCCUGCCUGGUAGCUCACCUAGGGGGCGGGGGCCGGCCGGGCGCUGGCGGUGCAAGCUGCUGGGUGUCCCCUUUAAGAGCGCGGCGCGGGGGGCUCUCCCUACGGCACCUAGCGGACCGCACGUCCCGGUUUGUCCGCGCCGGGUCACCUGACUCCGCCGAGCCACAAACCUGAGGAGGGGCCGGGAGGAGCAGGAGGGUGAGCGCGGCGGAGACAGCGAGGGCGGCGCGUCGGGCUGAAGAGGCAGCAGCACUAACAUUAGUCGAAGAUGUCGGGUCAGACGCUGACAGAUCGCAUCGCAGCUGCUCAGUACAGCGUUACAGGAUCAGCUGUAGCCAGAGCCGUCUGCAAAGCAACCACACAUGAAGUGAUGGGGCCCAAGAAAAAACACCUGGACUACUUGAUCCAGGCCACCAAUGAGACCAAUGUUAAUAUUCCUCAAAUGGCUGAUACUCUCUUUGAGCGAGCAACAAAUAGUAGCUGGGUGGUGGUGUUCAAAGCCUUAGUUACAACACAUCAUCUAAUGGUUCAUGGCAAUGAGAGAUUUAUUCAGUAUUUGGCAUCUAGAAACACGCUAUUCAAUCUCAGCAAUUUUUUGGACAAAAGUGGUUCACAUGGAUAUGAUAUGUCUACCUUCAUAAGGCGUUACAGUAGAUACUUGAAUGAAAAAGCAUUCUCCUACAGACAAAUGGCAUUUGAUUUUGCAAGAGUGAAGAAAGGAGCUGAAGGUGUAAUGAGAACAAUGGUUCCAGAAAAGCUAUUGAAAAGCAUGCCAAUAUUACAGGAACAAAUUGAUGCACUUCUUGAAUUUGAUGUUCAUCCAAAUGAAUUGACAAAUGGCGUCAUAAAUGCUGCAUUUAUGCUUCUCUUUAAAGAUCUUAUCAAGCUUUUUGCAUGUUACAAUGAUGGAGUUAUUAACUUACUAGAGAAAUUUUUUGAGAUGAAAAAGGGACAGUGUAAAGAUGCUCUUGAAAUUUACAAACGAUUUCUGACUAGAAUGACUAGAGUAUCUGAAUUUCUUAAAGUUGCAGAGCAAGUUGGAAUUGACAAAGGAGACAUUCCUGAUCUCACACAAGCUCCCAGCAGUCUUAUGGAGACCCUGGAACAACAUCUAAACACGUUGGAAGGGAAAAAACCCGGGAACAGUGAAGGAUCUGGUGCUCCUUCUCCCUUGAGCAAGUCUUCUCCAGCCACAACUGUUACAUCUCCUAAUUCUACCCCAGCAAAAAGUAUUGAUACUUCUCCACCAGUUGAUCUCUUUGCAACUUCAUCUACAGCCGCUCCUGUCAGCACUUCCAAACCAUCCAGUGAUCUUCUAGAUCUUCAGCCAGAUUUCACAUCUACUGGGCAAGCAGCUCCAACUGCUGCAGCAGGAGCAACUUCAUGGGGAGACCUCUUGGGAGAGGACAAUCUGGCAGCGCUUUCCAGUGUUACUUCUGAGCCACAGAUUUCAGAUCCAUUUGCUCCAGAGCCUAGCCCAACUACUGCUGCAACUACUGAAAUUGCAACUGCUUCAGCGUCUGCUACAACUACAACAACCAUUACUGCUGUCACUGCUGAAGUGGAUCUCUUUGGAGAUGCCUUUGCAGCUUCUCCUGGAGAAGCCCCUGCGGCACCUGAAGGGGCAGCAGCACCAGCUACCCCAACCCCUGUAGCAGCAGCUCUUGAUGCAUGUUCAGGAAAUGACCCCUUUGCCCCAUCUGAAGGUAGUGCAGAGGCUGCUCCCGAGCUGGACCUCUUUGCUAUGAAGCCAACUGAGACCAGUGUUCCUGUAGUUACCCCUACUAGUGCAGCUACUCCAGCUCCCGCAACUACUCCUUCUCCAGCUGCCACUGCUGCCACUGCUACUGCUGCUACAGCAACAACCACUACCACCACAGCCACCACAUCCGCCACCACCACUACCACCACUUCCGCUCCUCCUGCUCUAGAUAUCUUUGGUGAUUUAUUUGAGUCUGCUCCUGAUGCUCCCGCAGCGCCUAAACCAGAUGCUACUCCUAACAUAGACCUGUUUGGUACAGAUGCUUUUUCAUCUCCACCACAUGGAACUUCUCCUGUGCCUGAGAGUUCUCUCACUGCUGAUCUCUUAUCUGUGGAUGCAUUUGCAGCACCAUCUCCUCUACCCGUUGCCUCUCCAGCAAAAGUGGAUUCUUCAGGUGUGAUUGACCUAUUUGGUGAUGCUUUUGGAAGUAGUGCUUCUGAACCCCAACCUGCAACCCAGACAGCUUCUAGUUCCUCAGCUUCUGCAGACUUACUGGCUGGCUUUGGAGGUUCUUUCAUUGCUCCCUCUCCAUCACCAUCACCAGUUACUCCAGCUCAAGCCACCUUAUUACAGCCCAACUUUGAAGCAGCUUUUGGAACAUCACCAUCAAGUGGUGGCAGCUCAUUUGAUCCAUCAGUGUUUGAUGGUUUAGGUGAUCUUCUUAUGCCAACUAUGAUUCCAUCUGGUCAGUCUGUAGCAGCUUCAGCUGCUACAGCUUCAGCAGCAAGCAAAGGCCUUGGAAGUGAUCUUGAUUCAUCUCUCGCAAAUUUAGUAGGCAAUCUUGGAAUUUCUGGCACCCUAUCAAAAAAGGGAGACCUUCAGUGGAAUGCUGGAGAAAAGAAGUUAACGGGAGGAGCUAACUGGCAACCAAAAGUAGCACCUGCAACAUGGUCAACUGGUGUUCCUCCAACUGGUCCCUUGAAAGGUUGGGCAAUAUUCUAUUAUACUGGAACUGUGCCUCCAGCAAGUGCUAUUCCUCCUGCCUCAGGUGUCCCCCCAGUUGCACAAACAGGAUCAGGAUUUGGAAUGCCUCCUUCUGGACCAAGUGUAUCCAUGAUGCCUCAGCAGCCAGUUAUGUAUGGGCAACCUAUGAUGAGGCCACCAUUCGGAGUUGCAUCUGGACCUGGUGCACAACUCUCUCCAAGCCCUACGCCUGCCACUCAGAGUCCCAAGAAACCUCCAACAAAGGACCCAUUAGCAGAUCUUAACAUCAAGGAUUUCUUGUAAACAAUUAAGCUGCAGUUUUUCUGACUGGAUAGUUAAAAAUGUGAGUUUGGAGUCUACAAAUCACAGAUUGAUGCUCAGAGUUUCAAAGUGAGCCACCAGUACCAAACCCAGUGCUUAUUCAGACUUUCUCUUACUUCCGAAACGUGUAGCACAGCUGUGAAAGUGAACGUUAGGAAUGUAUACUACCGUAGCUGUUACCCCUACUCUCUCUCAAUUUGUGUACUUGGGUUAUUUGUGUUCUCCAGUUUAAACAAUGGAUGUAUGUUUCUAAUGCCUUCUAGUGCUUUUCUGAACCUAUUCAGUGGGGGGCAGAUUAUGCAGCUGUUGUGUGGUGAGCCAUUUGGAGCGAUGUGUCUGUGUUUUUGAAGGUUUCAAUGUAUAUAACUUUUGACAAACACCUGAAAUUUCCCUAAGUUAAGUUUCUUCUUUAUCUGUUACAAAACAUAGUGUGAUAAUACCAAUAGUAAGAAACACUUAACUAGACAAAAUCUUUGUGUGAAAUACAUUUUUCCCAGUCACAGGAAUUUCAAUUGUUGUGAGAAAUGUUUUAUUUUUAUGGCACUGUAUAUGUUAUAUUAUAAUUUAAAGUAAUAUAAAGGUAAAUUUCCAUAACAAAUACUCCUUUCAAGUUACUUUACCAAUAAUGAAAAAUCAUAUCUGAAAGAAUACUAUAUUUAUCACUUUUUUAAUUUAAAAUAUAUUUUAAUUCUUUGAGUUCUUGCAUUUAAAUUCGCUUAUUUAUCAGUUCUUGCUAAAUGCAUUGAAAAUAAGUAAAGGGUCAGUUUCUCUCCAUGUAGCUGAAAAAAGCAGCCAUAGUUGUGCUGACAUUAAAGAAUGUCAAAUAUGAAAGCACUCUUUGGUGUGUCUGUAGUUAUAACAUUAUUGCAUUUUUAUUUAACUCUUUUAUGUACAUCUGUUAUUUUAGUGCUUACCUGUGUGUAUGCCUUAGAGUAGCGUAUUUCCAUUCCCCAACUAUGCUGUGAGUAGUUUUUGUACUAUUUGUGAUUAGACCUCAUUCUGAUCCAGAGAACCACACCCUUUACUGUACAUAUUGUGUUUCUUUAAUUUUUAGUUUGUUCUCCUACUGUUUGUGCUGAUGGCUUGGCUUAAGAUUUUGACUCUUAAAUGAGGUCACUGUUGAUCAGUGUUACAAGUGGCUUGGCAGCUCUUUGUUCAAAGCAUAUUGAAUUGGAAAGAUGUUCACCUAAGUCUUUCAAACUAACUAUUUAAUCAAUGUCUGGUACCAUUAAAAGUGGUUGUAUCUGAAUUAACUGUGGGGAUAACAUACACUCUAAUGGGGGGAAAAGUUAUAUAAAGCUAAUUUCAAAAUAGCUUUUCUUUGUAUUUUGGUUUAAGAACCCAGUGCAUGUAUGCCCUCUGAGAUGCAAUAAACACCUUGAUCAAAGUAAA